AUGAGUAACCUUGAGGAUCCACAAGUUGAAUUGCAUUUGCUACGGAGCUGUCAGAGUAUCUGUAAAAUCAAUCAUUUGUUACGUACUGUGACUCCUGCUUUGUUGACAGACCAAUUACGCCGUUUCGAUGUCGGCUUACGUCGAUCUUUGGAAAUCAUCUGUCGAUCCUCCAUUACAGACACAGCAUGGUUGCAGGCUACACUACCUGUACGACUUGGGGGUCUCGGUUUGAGAGAAGCAGUCAAGUCUGCACCAGCUGCAUACGUGGGGAGUUGUAAUUCCACAAAAUUGUUAGUCCAAGAUUUCCUUAGGAAAGCUUGUAAUUCUCUGGCCUCAACAAACGUACACGUUCCGACUUCACUGCUAUUGGAAGAAUCUGAAAGUUAUCUUCAGAGUUGUUCCUUUCUGAAAAACGAACACAGUCAUUUGCUUCUAGAUUUCAACAACUCGACUCAACGACAAAUUCAAUCAAAACUCGAUGCUGAUUUAUUCAAUUGUUUAUUGAACAAUGCCAGCUUGAGAGACAGAGCUCGUUUAAAUUCCAUCAGUACACCCCAUGCGGGAGCGUGGUUGAGGGCAAUACCAAACCCUAAUCUCGGCCUUUCCAUGCUUUCUCAUGAGUUUGUCAUUUCUAUACGGCUCUGGUUAGGGAUUAAGAUGUUUCCCUCUCCUCCAACUUCGAUCCUGUGCACUUGUCGUCAACACAUCGAUCCUUUUGGAGAUCACCUCAUCAGCUGUGGUACAGGUCCAGAACGCACCAGAAGACACAACGCAUUGGCAGAAGUCAUUUUCCAGGCGUUAUUAGUUGAGAAUAAAGACGUGGUAAAGGAAGUGAGAUGCAGUGGUAGUGACGAAAGUCGUCCAGGUGAUGUUUUUCAUCCUGACUUUUUAGAGGGCAAACCAGCUUAUUUCGACAUAACAGUCAGAAACUCAUUGCAGCCAUUGUACGUGACAAAAGCAGCAGUAAGGGCUGGGGCAGCAGCUGAAGCAGGUGAAGAACAGAAGGACACACGUCACGAAGCAAACGUUCUGGCAACAGGUGGUCUUUUUUACCCCUUGGUAUUGGAAACAUUGGGUUUCUGGUCUCCGUUCAGCAUUAAAACGUUAAAAGCUAUUGCAUCUAAAACUUCAGCUGUCAGCGGAAUUCGAUUCCAUCAAGCUUUCCAGAAUUUGACGCAACAACUUUCGGUACAGUUGUGGAAAUACAAUGCAAGGAUGUUGUUCAGAAGAAUUCAACUUGAAGUACAGGACAUUGAUAGUUGGGAUAUACCCACCGUAGCGUAGUGUAGAAUUUGGUAGUUAGUUCUGUUUAAAUGUAAAAGUA